AUGGCCGAGCUAUUGGCGCCUUCAGUGGAUGACGAGCAGCCAAACCCCGAGUCAAGCCAGGUUAGGCUCAACUUGCUCGAGGUUCCGCCUCUGAACUUGCCGCAAAAUUUGCUGAAUUUCAUGGAGCGGGAUGAGAUGAAGGAGCCAACAAAGCCUGCGGACCUGCUGAUUCCCCUCACGCCGCUCAACGAGGAGCACGCUGUGGAAGCAGCGCAAACUGAGCGCGCAGGUCAUGGGCGCUGCAACAAGAGGUUCCGGCCCUUUCUGCAGAAGCCUGCUCGCUCCGCGAGGAACAGCGUGGAUCUCAAAUCGGCGAGGAUGGCGCAGAACCAACGCCAAAGAGAUAUGUCUCCCAUCGAAGCUGCUCGUGAAGCUACAUCUAAGCAGGCCAAGCGCAAGUCUCGGCGCGGGCGAGGAAGCGAAGUGGACCGCGAACAGCUGCCACUGCACCGGGAGAUUGACACUGGUUGGCGGGAUCUGCUGUCCGAGAUCGCCACUUCCUCCCGGAGAGUACGUCUGGCUCGAGGCGGCCAAACAACCAUCUUACCCCAGUCGCCGAUUGCUAGAGAGAGUCCGUCGCCUUUCCUGCGCUCUCCGUCCCCAGAUGAACUGCAGAGUCUACCAGAGCCACCGGAGACGGGUCGCGCGCGUUCACGAACGCGUUCGAGUGCUGCCUCACCAUCGGCUGCCUCGCCUUCGCCGGCCCCGGAUGAGGUCACGUCUAAUGCAGUGGCCUCCCCGCGACCAGAAUCUGCAGAGGAUGAUGGUCUGUGGCUCUCCUACCGCAUCACGGAGGAGAAGGUGCCGACCGCCAUCUUGACGAAGCUGUGGAAGCUUGCUGUGGACCCACGCAAGGACGAGGGAAUUGUCCCACUGGAGCGUGUGCCCAGGCUCACAGUCACGAAGCGAGAGGUUCAGGCACUGCCCUCGGUGCAGGACAUCCUCCAGUGGCGGCGUGACAACAAGCGUCGACGCGAGCAACGCAAGCUGCGAAGAGAGGCAGAGCGGAAUCCAACCUUGGAUGAGAUGCUCAUUUCCAUUUUCGGAGAACCAGAGAUGGAAAAGCUGUUUCUGGCCGAAACCCACAUUCAACAGCAGCGAUCUUGUGAGAUGCUGGAGGCUGUCAUUCAGGAGAUUUCUUCCCCCCACGCUCCUACCUUCAGUGCAAGGCAACGCCAGGCACUCGAGGAUGAGCUGACGCUUCUAAGCGAGGUGAAGCAGCUCUUGACGGACGAUGUUGUGGACGCCACGAAGGGCUUCCAUGCUCUGGAACCCAAGCUGCUGGGCUACCUCCGACGCGGGCGCCGAGGGGCCUUCGACGAGGGAAAGGCUUCAGCAAAGCUGGCGCUCUCAGUGGCAGACCUGCAAGCGAGGCAGGAUAAGAACGUGGUUCGCAGUAAGAAGCUGCGCCGCGUUGUGGAGCACUCACGGGCCCUGCAAGCGAUCUCACCCGACACUGCUAUUGAGAAGCAUGAAAAAGCAGCUCAGAGCCAUAUGCAGGAGGUGGUGAAGACUGUCACAUCUGUCUUUGAGAAGUGUGAGAAGCGAGCACAUCGCUUCCAUACAGCUUUCGUGCGUCGACAGGGAAACCUCAGCGAGCGGCUCCAGAGGAGGGUCAAGCGCAUCCAGUACGACCACACAGAGAUUCAGCAGAUGAAGGAGCAGUCAAUAUUGCCCAGUGUCAUCGGCCAGCCGCAAUCAACCUCGGAGAAUGCGACUAACCUCUCCGUGCUUCAUUACCUGAAGCCACAUCGAGUGCACGUGGAGAGAAAGCGGCAGGAGGCCCACUCUAUCUACAUGGCCCAGGUCGAGAAGAUCCAGCACUACCAGAGGCUGCUGGCGGAUCCGAACCGGGAACCAGAACGGGGUGAGGUCUACCUCAGCCGCUGCUUCCGCCAUGUCCUUGCUGCUGGUCUGGCAGUAGACACCGCUUACUUCUUUCGGGUCCUCUGUCAGAUGGAGCCCGAAGACUUUGAAAAGACGUACACCGUGAACUUCUUGGCUGCCUGCUGUGAUGCCUUCAGCAUCUCCACCAGAGACUACUUCAGCUUCUUAGGCUUGAGGGGGCUGCCCUGCAUGAGUCCCAAGCCUGGCCAAACACAGGCGCUCAGCUAUGACGAGACGGCAGCUUGGGAUCAGCUGCACAUUGCCCCGGCCGAGCUGGAGGACUUGACUGGCGAAGCAUGGGCAACUCCACUUCCCCUGUGCCCAGUGCUCCCUACAGAGACUCCCCGCACCUCAGCGUUGGUCAGCCGGGACGAGCCCUUGCUAGGCAUCCUGGAGUCUGAGGUGUUUGACUCAGUCCUGCAUC